AUGCAUUUGAUAGCACCCCCUCAAAAAACCUUUCUAUUGGCCUUUAUCUGCAUUUUUGCUUCAACACAUCGCCCUAUGGCAUGCACGGUCGGGCCAGACCUUUCUGUUUCUGACAGCCCGGCCUCGCACGCCUCCAGCCCUAUCUAUGGCAUGAGAGAGAUAAAGAAUAAUGCUCUCAAAAAAAAGGCAAGUAUUUGCUACAUGAAGGCAUGGCCCCACGACAAGCAGGGGCAGGACUCUGGGUCUGGCCCCGGCAGCGGGGAAGAAGAUGCGAAGGCACUAGCAGCGAGCCGCGCUCUAGCCCGGGAGCAGGAGGAGUUUUUAUCCAAAAUACACCUUAUAAACAUUCUAUGCAUGCUGUUAAGAAUCGAAGAGCUUUUGCUUGAUCUGUCGAGCACAAGCUUGAUCCACAAAUACACCAAGUGCGCAAUGCCAUUUUCGCGUGUCUUUUAUGCCACGCUUGCACAGAGACUGUCGAUCGUAAAUGCGCUGCACGCCAUUUUUUUGCUAAACAUAGCAGCCGGCACGCAGAGCCCGAUGUUCAAGGACAGACUGCUGUGCGACCAGAUUGUUUCGCUAGCGCGACUUCACAAAGAGGUUGUGGAUCUAUGCAAGGGUGCUGGAGCCUCUGGAAAAGUUUCUUUUUUGCGCAUGUAUGCUGUGAUCCAAGGCGCUCUGGCGGAUUUCUACCACGUGGUUUCGUCACAUCGCACCAGCGCCAAGAAUGACCUGGAUUUGUGCGGAAAGAGUGUGUUUUCUAAGCUGAAGUAUGCAUGGUACAUGUCCCCUUCUGAAAUAGAGGAGUGCAAGGCGCCUGCAUACAUAAAGUCGUUGGUGAAGGAUGUGCAGAGAAGAAACGAUGUAGAGUUGGUUCUUUCUAUUGAAAACGACGGCGUAAUACCAAGCCUGUGGCAUAUUGCCUUUAUAUGCAAAGAUCCGAAAGGAGAAAAGUAG